UCGCUUUCGCCGGUGGGUUCGGGUCAACCUUGCUGGGUCUAAACAAAAAGACGUACGAGCUCGCCGGCGACUCGGUGGCCAACCGGCCGGGGAGCUACAAGGAGCCAGGGAUUGGCUGGAUGACGGCAUUCCUCUUUUCUUGCUGCUUCGGUGGACUCCUCACCUUGAUUCCCCUUAGACAGGUAUUGGUCGUCGACUAUAAAUUAACUUACCCUAGUGGGACGGCAACUGCAGUUCUUAUAAACGGCUUCCAUACCACCCAGGGAGACAAGAAUUCAAAGAAGCAAAUACGUGGGUUUCUGAAAUACUUUGGGGGUAGCUUCAUAUGGAGUUUCUUCCAGUGGUUCUACACCGGCGGCGAUGCUUGUGGGUUUGUUCAGUUCCCUACUUUUGGUCUCAAGGCCUGGAAGCAGACAUUUUUCUUUGACUUCAGCAUGACAUACGUCGGCGCUGGGAUGAUUUGCCCACAUAUAGUAAAUGUUUCCACCCUCCUAGGUGCAAUUCUUUCAUAUGGAAUAUUGUACCCACUCAUCAGUAAAAACAAGGGUGAUUGGUACCCUGCAACUGUAAAAGAGAGCAGCAUGAAAAGUUUGUACGGCUACAAGGCCUUCAUAUGUAUCGCUCUUAUCUUGGGGGAUGGACUCUACCAAUUCAUCAAAAUUAUUAGCAUCACUUUUAAGGGCAUGUAUCGACAAUUUAGCCGUAAGUAUAUCAGUAAUAGAGCGAAAAAUAUGGACAAUACGGUCUCACUCGAGGAUAUGCAGCGCGAUGAGGUCUUCAAGAGAGGCCAUCUCCCCGCUUGGAUGGCAUACUCUGGGUAUGCCGUGUUAAGCGUCGUUGCAGCGAUUACCACGCCAAUAAUGUUUCGACAAGUGAAAUGGUACUACAUAGUUAUAGCCUAUGUCGUAGCCCCCAUGCUUGGAUUCGCCAACUCUUACGGCACAGGGCUUACUGAUAUCAACAUGGGGUAUAACUAUGGGAAGAUUGGACUCUUCGUCUUUGCGGGUUGGGCUGGCAGGGACAAUGGUGUCGUUGCAGGCCUUGUUACUGGUACAUGUGUGAAGCAGUUGGUUCUUAUAUCUGCAGAUCUGAUGCAUGACUUCAAGACGGGUUAUCUAACAAAGACAUCACCAAGAUCCAUGAUGGUGGCACAGGCCAUUGGUACGGUCAUGGGCUGCAUCCUUGCUCCCCUUACGUUCAUGCUCUUCUACAAGGCAUUUGAUAUUGGCAACCCAGAUGGUUACUGGAAGGCGCCGUAUGCAUUGAUAUACCGUAAUAUGGCAAUACUUGGCGUGGAGGGGUUCUCGGUGUUGCCGAAGUAUUGUCUAGCACUCUCUGGUGGAUUCUUCGCAUUUGCAGCACUCCUCAGCAUCGCAAGAGAUGUCAUGCCACACAGAUAUAGCAAGUAUGUGCCCAUACCCAUGGCCAUGGCAGUCCCAUUCCUUGUCGGCGGGAGCUUCGCAAUUGAUAUGUGCGUCGGAAGUUUGGUGGUUUUUGUCUGGAACAAGAUAAACAAAAAGGAGGCUGGUUUCAUGGUCCCUGCGGUUGCAUCCGGUUUGAUAUGUGGGGAUGGAAUAUGGACAUUCCCUUCUUCCAUACUUGCCAUUGCCAAGAUUAAACCACCAAUUUGCAUGCAGUUUACACCUGCACCCUAGAGAAUCAUUUCGUUCAAGAAUGUGGGGGCAAAUACACAACUGAAGAUUUAUACUGGGUAGCCAAAGAUACAUUGUAUUUCCAUAGUAGUUUGCCGUUUAACUUUAUUUGCACCGUGUUGUUUUUAUUCCAGGUGAUUUAGUAUGUGAGCUAUCUAGAGAUGAUAUAUUGGUGUGUGGUUUACGUCUUGUGCAUAAAUGUACAUCUGAUGGAUGGUGUAUGUGUCUACUGAAUUGGUGUGAAUACAGGAUAUAAAUGUACUCUAUACUUGUGGAUUAUUCGGAUAACUUACAUUUUCCUGGUA